UAGCCAUUACAUUACUCGUGUUUCCUUUCCCUAUCAGUACUUCUACAAAUACGCCGACCUGCGCCCUUGGGACCCGCGGAACGAUCUGCGCCAGUACGAAACCAACUAUCGGAUUCAAACUAAGACCCGCCAUCAGGCACCGAUGGUGAGAACGGCCUCGGUCGUUAGUACCGAGCCGCUGAGCAUUCUGCAGGCAGAAUCCCGUGGCUCGCUGCGCAAAGGCUGUCUGGUAACCGCCGGGGCAGUGCUGAAGGCUCGCAAAAUCUCAUCCAAUACGUCCACACCGGAUCUGAACGAUCCCAACUCGGACUCUAGUCAUUCGAAUGGUCACAUCACGACGGGCAUCUCCAACGCCAGGGUUAUGCUCUCGCUGGACGACAUCAACAAAAAGCUGGAGGAACACUCGAAGAAGCUUUCGAAGCUACAGCUGGAUAUGGAUAAAAUCCAUUGGGCACCGAGGAUGAAUACCGGUCGGGAUGGUGGCCUUCUAGGGUUCUCGGGCAUGAGGGCGAUUGUAUUUGCGGUGCUGGGACUAUUACUGCAGGUGGUAAUCGCUUGGUUUUUCACGAAACGAAGCCUCGCUAGUGUUGCAUCGCCUCCGACCGGUGGCGCACCGCCAGAUAAUGGUGACGCAAGCCAGGGUGGUAGUUCAGUAGGUUAAGUGAUUAUUUUACUUUCUUUAAUGACAGUUUAUUUUAUGGAAACAAUCAAUAAACAAAACCCAUUCUCACAAAGUGAAAUGGAAACAGCUGAUGGGUUGACACGGCAAGGGGGGCAAAUAAUUGUUUCGCGGAAAGGAAAAUAGCUAUCCAAGAAAGGUUGAUAACUAAUUGGGGUAUUAUGUGGAAUUCUUUGCAAAUAAUAUUAUUCAGAAACAAUUAAAAGCCACCAGGAGAAAAUAAUUCAGAGAACACAACGUAGAUGGGAUUCUGCAUCACAAUAUUAAUCAUCACCUAUUUAGAAUAUUUGUUUCAUCCUCAGCAAUAUAAGCAAAUACUAAUGGAAGGUAAUUUUAAGUUGUAAUUUCAUUAUUGAGUUAAUUCCUGUUGCCUUCAAUCAGAGUAUGUAGUGUUUCAUGUUUUCAACCAUACAAAAUUUAUCGAGAUUCCUAUAAACACUAAUCGCCAAUUACAGUAGCGAGGAAAAUAAUCACUCGAGGACACGAACCCUUGUUCAACGCCAUAAUGUCAACCUGCAAAUUGAGCUUUUCCGCCCUCUUCACACCCACACAUACACAUGCACAUGCAAACCCAGAGCUUUUGGCCCUAAAGUUCAGAUUGUAAGAACGUUCUAUAUCAGAGAAAAGCCUUUUCCACCCCUCACGGUGGGAUGGUGGAGAGCGACAUACAUAAUCUACUUACAUUCCGUUAGGUUGCAAAUGUGAAACUUUUUCUAGACUUUAGAUGAAUCUGUCCAAACAAGAUGCACGAAGAUUGAGCGGUAAAUUUUAUUGGAUCUUGUGGUCAAAAAUAGUAGAAGGUUUUUGCUCCUAACGUUGUUAGCUAUCUCGGAUAAUCGAUUCAUACACCAAUAAAAGGAAUAUAUCCUAAUGAACUUCGUAUUCUAUAAGGUAAGGUUGUAGUCAAGGGGAUUAUCUUACAAAUUUAUCAUACACUAUGCCAAUCACUUACUCUAGCUCGAUAAUUUACCGGUACUUUUUUUCUUUUCUAUUAUCUAUGCUGCAAACAAAAGCUAACAAGUUUACCUUUAACAUCAUGCAUAAGAUUUUGACGCCCGGCAUAGAAUGUAUUUUUUCCUAUGUCACUUAUAAACCUUCAGCCUCACAAUUUGUCCCGUCGUUCAGGCAAUGUAAUUUAUACAAACCAAACUACCCAAGAUUUAGUAACAACUUUAUAGCUCACCUUCCAUUUUUUAUCGGAUGGAAAUUGACAAGGCCACAUAAUACGGAGAUAACAAUCAAAAAGCACUGUUUUUCACAAUUAAACUUUGUCGAUACCUAUAGGAGAAAAUUCUGCGAAGGAAAAAUAAACAAAAGCAAAAUAUAAUAUAUCAUAUGAAUAUGCAUUACAUUGUUACAUUGAAACAAGAGGCAAAAACAAUAAUAAACUGGUUACAUUAGUUCUGUUCACUAUUG